AUGUCAACGAAUGGUAGACCAGAGUUAGUGCAAACAUCAUCGGAACUGGGAAAGAAGUGCUUGGUGAGACUAGUGGCAAAAUUUGGGAAAAUAGAGAAGCGUGGUAGUUCAAUGAAGAAGUAUAAGAGAAAGCAAACUAUGGAGAAACAUCAUAAAAAGCAAAAGGUGCUGCAUAUGGCUUUCAUUGACUUAGAGAAAGCAUAUGACAGGGUACCACGCCAAGAAGUAUGGAGAGGAUUGAGGGAAAGAGGAGUGCAAGAGAAGUAUGCAAGAAUAGCACAAGAAUGCUACAAGGAUGUAACAACUAAAGUCCGGAAUACUGUUGAUCCGCCUUGGUGUAUACUCUAUGCUGAUGACAUUGUCUUGGUGGCCGAGAGUAGAAGAACACUAGAGAGGAAACUAGAAGAAUGGAGAGUUGCGUUGGAAAGUAGAGGAAUAAGGAUUAGUAGAUCCAAAACUGAAUACUUCACGACAGAUAUGAGUGGCAACCAGCAAGCUACAAUUAAGUUGAAUGGCACAGAUUUGAAGAGAGUAAAACCUUUUAAAUACCUGGGAUCAGUGGUAGAUGAGACAGUAGGAAUGGAGAGGGAAGUGAACUUUAGAAUCCGGUGUGGUUGGAACAAUUGGAGGAAAAUCUCUGGCAUAAUACGCGACAAGAGAGUACCAGUAAGACUGAAAGGUAAAGUUCACAAGGCAGUAGUCAGACCUGCCUUGAUCUAA